UACUAAGCUUCGUUUUUAUACCGACAUGGCUCCUAACAAACGGGGCUUCUCUUCAGCGUAGGAUUCGAAGUUGCAUCUUUCUUGGAUUCUGAUAAAUUUGAUCAAACAAGUGGAAUUGGAGAGUUGAGUGAAAAUUAUUUGCUGGAAUCGCUUUGAGAGGGAAUCAUUUGAGAGACUAGAAAGAUUAGAAUGGCCAUGCACACUCUGUGUCUCAGAGAGCAUGAAGGAAAUACUAAUAAUCCCAUGGGGCAGUUGUCAUCCACACCAUCUGCACCUUGGUGGAGCGCGUUUGGAUCCCAAUCGGUCUAUGGGGAAGGUUGUGGCCAGCUGAAACAUUUAUCCAUGGAGCAUCUUAGCAGUGUGGACCAACUCACACCUACCAAACAAGCAGGAGCAGGCAAUGAACAAGGGGUGGAUAAAGGGACUGCAACUCAGUUCACUAUAUUCCCUGGUGAUUGCAAAAAUUCAGGGGAUGGACAAAAACCUCCUGUAGCCAUCUCUCUACAAUCAACCGGUCGCUUUGACCUGGGAUUUGGUCAGCCCAUGAUCUGCUCAAAAUAUCCCUAUGUGGAUCAAUGCUAUGGACUAUUCUCAACUUAUGGUCCUCAAAUUCCGGGUCGCAUCAUGCUGCCACUGAACUUGACAACAGAUGAAGGACCUAUAUUUGUGAAUGCUAAGCAGUAUCAUGGAAUCAUCAGGCGGAGGCAAUCCCGUGCAAAAGCUGAACGUGAGAAUAAAGGCUCCAGAACUCGUAAGCCAUAUAUGCACCACUCACGCCAUCUACACGCAAUGCGCCGACCAAGGGGAUGUGGUGGCCGUUUCUUGAACACAAAAAAUUCAGACAAUGAAAAAGGUGAUACCAAGGAGAAUAAGGCUGGUGAUCAAGAAGUAUCCCAGCAAACUGUUUCAUCAUAUUCUGAAGUGCUGCAAGCACAGAACAGGCCACUGAAAGCAUCAAGGGAAGCAAAUGGAAAUGGGUCAAAUCUAUCCGGAUCAGAAGUGACUAGUAUGUAUGUCGAGGGAGAGCUUGAGCGUUUCCCAGUGAACCAUGUGGGCCGCUUUCCAGACAAGUGGGUUGCAGCAGCAGAUGGCUGCUGCAUCCUAAAAGUCUGAUACCAGGGGUGUUGGUGGGUUUGGUGCAAGCGCAAGUACCUUGCACCAUAGCCCAUCCCUGGCGCAGCCAAAUGGAGUUGCGAUUGGCUUCUGUCCCAGGAUUGUCCGGCUACCAUUUGGCUGCUUUAGGCAAAUCAUUCUUGGCUGUUGUGCAUUUAAGUCUUUGCAUUCUUACCAACCCUGCAGUUUUGUGGGUUUGGAAGAUGCUUAAACCUUAAUGCACCUCUUCCUUCUAUCCGGUAGGUUUAGGCAAAUCAUCCUUGGCUAAGUUUAGGCAAAUCAUCCUUGGCUCAACUGUGUUAUGUUCUAUGCAUUUCUAUGCCACCCCUGCCUGUCUUGGGGUGGCUGGUAGAUGCCGUACCCUUAAUGCACUGUACAGAGAAAACACGUUAGACUAUCAAGCGGGUGCUUCCUCUGUGAUCCUACUAGUAAUUUUAGAGACUGUACCUAAAGUAUGAUAGCUACUCUAUGUUCUGGAUUUUUGUCUUUUUGAACAAGUACCGUCUGAUGUGGUUGUGUGCAAUAAGCUCUUGGGUGUGAA